UCAGGGCUUAUGGGUAAUUCCAGGACAGUAUGUGCACAGGCUUGAGUCCACAUCCACCCCUCUCGCAGAUGUCUGCGCCCUUGCAGCAGCAGCAGCAGCGUGCUCCGCUGCGUGCGUCCUUUCCGGGAGGAGCGCACCUCGUUUGGAUCAGUCUCCUCCGCGCGUAAUGCAGACCACGCUUGUGCUGCAGCGGAGCCCGGGACAGACGGUCACAUCGGGAAACGGCCGAGCAGCGGCUCACUUCGUGGAUUGUUGGGAAUUAUAUAAAGGAAGGGAAUUCUUAUUUUCCAAAACUGAUAUCAUCCCGUGGAGAUAUUUUCACUUUUUCUCCCCCCUCACGCGUAGUUUUCAAAGUGAACCCGCGUGAGUGAUGUCAUUGCUGAUCUCUGGAUGCCCCUGGAGGAGAUGGAUGGCCACAUUGCUUCACCUGGUUCUGGUCCUGCAGCCGGUGGUGUGGGAAACGGCAGCGGCCAUCCACCCAGACUGCGCCCUGGUGGUUCAGCACAUGAAGGCUCAGGAGGACUGUAUCCAGAUCCUCAAACAGGAGGAGAGAAACGACUCCACCAGGACAGGUUGUCCCACAGCGUGGGACGAGAUCCGUUGCUGGCCUCCUGCAGGUGUGGGACAGGUGGUCAGCGUCUCGUGUGCCACUGUGUUCCAGCUGUUCGCUAACAACCAAGGUUACAUCUACAGGAACUGCACCGAGGACGGGUGGUCCGACCUCUACCCCUCCUACGAGGAGGCCUGCGAGUUCUCAAAUUACGAAGAGCCAGAGCCAGAGACGACAUACUUCUCCAACUUCAAACAGGUGUACACGGCUGGCUAUGCUACAUCCCUCAUCUCUCUCAUAUCGGCUAUUUUUGUCUUCACUGUGUUCAGGAAGUUUCACUGCACCAGGAACUACAUCCACAUCAACUUGUUUUUCUCCUUCAUCCUGAGAGCGAGUGCUGUCUUCAUUAAAGAUGGUGUCCUUUUUUCUGAUGAAAACCUGGACCACUGCUUCAUGUCUACAACGUCAUGUAAAUCAGCCGUGGCCUUCUUCCAGUUCAGCAUCCUGGCCAACUACUUCUGGCUGCUGGUGGAGGGCAUGUACCUGCAGACGCUGCUCGCUCUCACCUUUGUCUUCCAGAAGAAAUACUUCUGGUGGUACAUACUCAUCGGCUGGGGUCUACCAACCACAAUCAUACUGGCGUGGAUCCUCACUAAAAACUUCUACGACGACAAUGGGUGCUGGGAUGACACAGAUGUGUCUUUCAUCUGGUGGAUCAUAAAAGCUCCAAUAACUGCCUCACUGCUUGUGAACUUCCUCAUCUUCAUCAAUGUGAUCCGCAUUCUGGUCCAGAAGCUGCGCUCACCCGGUGUCGGCGGCAACGACGCUAGUCACUUUAAACGGCUGGCCAAAUCCACUCUGCUCCUCAUCCCUCUGUUCGGGAUGCAUUACAUGGUGUUUGCCUUUCUGCCAGAAAACACGGGAGCAGAAGCUCGAAUAUUUAUAGAGCUUGGCCUUGGAUCCUUUCAGGGGUUCGUUGUGGCUCUGCUCUACUGUUUUCUAAACGGCGAGGUGCAGGCAGAGCUGAAGAAGAGGUUUUGGAAGUGGCAGACGCAGAGGUACCUGAGCUACAGCAAACGCCGGCGCACGUUGUUCACUGAAAGCAGCACAGUGACUCAGAUCUCCGUCCUGGACAAAUCCAGCCCCAAAGAUCAGCCGGCCUCCGAGACGCGCCCCCUCGCACACUGCCACGUGUCGGCCGUCUGAGGAGCAGUCGCUGCAUCGCGGCGCCUGCCUGCAUUUGGACUUUGUCUCUGAGCCGGUGAUGCGACCGCAGAGCCCGAUCGUUGAAUGUUACGGUACAUCGUUUCAGUUUAAAAGCUUUGGAGUCACUCCUCCUCCCCCGUAGCCAUAACUGCCUGUUUUCCCCCCUUUCAGAAAAAGCACCAAUAUCAAGUGCACAAAAAAUAUAAAAAAAUGUAAAAGUUUUCAUUGCACAUAUAACAACACGAAGAAACUUUCUCAUUUGCAGUUACUUACUUUCUCACAGCACCCAUGACUCCAUAAGUUUCAACAGUAAAGAGCAAUUUGUGGUAGAAAGUGUACAUCAAUAGUUUAAAGUUUAAACAAUACCAUGUUAUUGUUCCUCUAACUCAUUCAGUUUCUUGAGUAACAAUCCUUAUAAAAGGCAACUUGAAUGGAACGUGUCCAUAUUACCAUCAUUGUUUCCGUAAGCAACACGUUGCACAUCUGGAGCACUAGACUGUAAAAUCUAUUUAUUUGUUUGAUUAUUGUUCUCAUGUCUUUGAGUGAAUGUUUGUGUGAAGUGAUAGCUCCUCCAGAAAAAAACAAUCAUAGAAGACCGAUUAUAUGGGAUUCAACAAUGUGCUUUAAAAUAGAAAACUAUUAUUUUCUAUCACACGUGUCAGUUUAUGUUAAUCUUAAAUAUUGUAAAAUGUGAAGAAUAUUUGACUGUGUAUUCCUUUAUUUGUUAGCAUAGGUUUAGUAAUGCAGGGUCUGAAUUCCGAUGCUAAUGUUAAUCGAGAACUUCUUCCCUCUGAGAAACCCUGUUAGGAGACUGGAGACUCCUCUCCAGUUACGGCUUGGGAUGUCGUUCUUUCCUUCUAUUUAAUUGUGACCUUCUGUGUUUUGACUUCGGAGACAUUUUACAUGUGGACAUGUAGUUACGGUGUUAUUCAAAGAAGGAAAUGCUGUGUUACUUGCCACAAACCGCUACAGUGCCUUUGUCAUGCGUAGGACUCACUGCUUCAACAUCUGGCUAGAAAAGUCAUAUAUUUAAGAUUGUGAUACUGCACCAUGUACUUGAAUCUUUGCUGCGCAGCAUAACAGAUGUGCUUCGGUGUUGUGUCACAUUCAAAAGUGAUGACAAUUGAAACCAUCUUGGAAAAACAAAUUGCUUUCAUUAAAUUUGUAAUUGUGCAGCGAGGAAGUGGAGGAUGUUGAGCAUGUUUUCAUAUGAUGUUUCUUACAGAAAGCUUUCCAUGUCAUGUCUGGGAUUUGCUUUUUAGAUUACACCCAUUUUUGGCCUUAUUUCUAUUUUCUUACUCAAGAAAAGAUGUGUAAGUUUCUAUUGCAGGUCGCAGUUUACUACAUGAAGGAACCUUUCUGUUUUCAGUUUGUCCGAUGUGAGAUCUCAGGAAUGGCUGGAAAGACGGAAUUUCUUCAAAUUGGUUCCAAGAGGGUUGAAAUGGAUUCUGGUGGUUCAAAGGUUACUGUUAGUUACUACAGGAUCUAACGAUGAAGUGAUGACCUUCUAAAACGUAAACUGACAGCACGACGUGACAAUUUGUCGUUCGUUUUUUCACUAUUCCACGAAAAGACCAAAACCAUUAAUAUGUCCAUCUGUCGAUGCUCUCUAGCCUCCCCUGUCUGCGGCUGUCAGACUUUAACAUUUUUUUAACAACUGCUGUUAAAUUUCUCAAAACUCACUGAAACAAACGAGAUUUGUUUCAGUGAGUUUUCUCUGCAGUGGAUUAAUAUACAUGUUUUUGUCUAAAAACUCUUCAAAACACAUUAGUGGUUAGCACUGUUGCCUUGGGUGAUUAAUUCACUGCUGCCAAUAGUCCCCAAUAAAUAGACUUUACUGUUGCGUUGACAUUUAAAGGGACAUGCUGUUCAAGGAAAUUAUUAAGAAAGAGAAUGAAACAAAAUUAUUUAUUUGUGUGUUUUUUUUUUACAGAUAACCCAAUCAGGUUUGUCACGGUUUGGGUUUGUUUCCUGUUUUAUUUUGUAGUUUCCUGCCUCUUGUGUCACUGGGUUAGAGUCACUUCCUGCCUUGUCCUGUCAUCCCCUGUGAUUGUCUGCCGUGUCCCUGAGUGUUUUCACCUGUGUCCAAUCACCUGCACCCCCCCCCCCCCCCCCGCCCCCUGUGCAUUAAGGAACGUGUGUCUCUAGUCGCGUCAUUGAAUGUCUUUCCUGAGAGUCUGUUUGUGAGUUCCUGGUCCUUCUCUGUGUUUGGCACCCAGGCAUUUUGAUUUUGAUUUAUUAAAAGUACUUUUUCUCUUCA